AUGCGACCUCAAGCUCGCCCACAGAGACAUCAACAACAACAGAACAAUGGCUAUCAUAAUCAGCACCAACACAAUGGGUACCAACCUCCAGUGAAUCCACAUCCAAUGAUGCCAAUGCACCCUCAGUUCUUCUUUAACAACCUCAAUAUGCCUCAACAGCAACAGUUUCAGCAGUUUGGUUUGCCCAACCAUAUCAACCAGUUACUUCCAAACUUAUUGGGGAAUCUUAUGGGUGGUUACUCACUCCCUCCUUUAGUUCAUCCCACAGUCUUCCAGCCUCCUCUUGACCCUUCUGCUUUCACUUCUCAGCCACCGUUUAACUCCCUUCCCUAUCCUCCUGGUUUCUCAGAGCCAAGACCACAGUCUGUUGGUAGUGUCAACAACAAUGUAACUUCCAACUCAAAAGGGAAUGACUUUCGAAAUAAGUUUACAAAACAGCAAAAAUUCAAAGGCACUGGUCAAGGAUUCCAGAGAUCUCAGUUGCAUCAAGCAGAUCAUGUAAAGAAAAAGUUUGGUUUCAGUAAGGAUCAUCUGAGCAAAGGGAACAACAAAAAGAUUUCAACCGGGCUCGAUGGAUCUGAUGCUGAUAACAUAGCUAAGGAAAAGAAAAGGUACUGCCAGGUCUUCCGCUUUAUGGUAACGAAUUCAUUCUUCAAUGAGUCUCCAGAGCAACCUCUUAAGUCGCCCUUGUUAUGGUAG